AUGCAUGAUGUCAUAGACCCCACUCACACCUCCUGUCCCAAGCCCUACACAGACCUCCUGUCCCAAGGCCCACUCACACCUCCUGUCCCAAGCCCCACUCACACCUCCUGUCCCAAGCCCCACUCACACCUCCUGUCCCAAGCCCUACACAGACCUCCUGUCCCAAGCCCUACACAGACCUCCUGUCCCAAGCCCUACACAGACCUCCUGUCCCAAGCCCCACUCACACCUCCUGUCCCAAGCCCUACACAGACCUCCUGUCCCAAGCCCCACUCACACCUCCUGGCCCAAGCCCCACUCACACCUCCUCUCCCAAGCCCUACACAGACCUCCUCUCCCAAGCCCCACUCACACCUCCUGGCCCAAGCCCCACUCACACCUCCUCUCCCAAGCCCUACACAGACCUCCUGUCCCAAGCCCUACAGAGACCUCCUGUCCCAAGCCCCACUCACACCUCCUCUCCCAAGCCCUACACAGACCUCCUCUCCAAAGCCCUACACAGACCUCCUGUCCCAAGCCCCACUCACACCUCCUGUCCCAAGCCCCACUCACACCUCCUGGCCCAAGCCCCACUCACACCUCCUCUCCCAAGCCCCACUCACACCUCCUCUCCCAAGCCACUCUCACACCUCCUCUCCCACACCCUAA